CAGACUUUUCCCCUGCAUUUCUAAUUUUUUUCUUCCUAUUUUUUUAAAAAAUAGGUGUCAACUAUGAGGAACUAUACAACAGUGACAACGUUUAUUCUUCUUGGACUGACAGAUGAUCCACAAUUACAGGUGGUUAUUUUUCUUCUCCUUUUUUUCAUCUAUCUGUUGAGUGUCACUGGGAAUCUAACUAUCAUCACCCUCACCCUACUCGAUUCACAUCUCAAAACACCCAUGUAUUUCUUCCUCCGGAAUUUCUCAUUUUUAGAAGUCUCGUUCACCACUGUCUGUAUUCCCAAGUUUCUUGUUAGUAUGGCAACAGGGGAUAAGUCCAUCUCUUACAACAAUUGUGCAGCACAGCUAUUUUUUACUAUUUUCUUGGGAGCAACCGAAUUUUUUCUCCUGGCUGUCAUGUCCUAUGACCGCUAUGUGGCCAUCUGCAAACCCCUGCAUUACACCACCAUCAUGAGCGGUAGAAUCUGCACCUUGCUGGUUUUUGCCUCAUGGUUGACUGGUUUCCUAAUAAUUUUCCCACCACUUCUCAUGGGUCUCCAGCUUGAUUUCUGUGCAGACAGCGCUGUAAAUCAUUUCUUCUGCGAUGUUUUUCCUCUCCUGGAGCUCUCUUGCACAGACACAGGCAUAAUAGAAUUAGUAGCACUAUUUUCAGCCAUUUUGACACUCCUGAUUACGCUGGUAUUAGUGAUUCUGUCUUACACAAACAUCAUCAGGACUAUUCUGAAAAUACCUUCUUCUCAACAGAGGAAAAAAGCAUUUUUUACAUGUUCUUCCCACAUGGUGGUUGUGUCUAUUUCAUACAGUAGCUGCAUCUUUAUGUAUGUGAAACCCUCUGCAAAGGAAAGAGUGUCUUUAAAUAAAGGGAUAGCACUACUCAGUACUUCUGUUGCUCCCAUGUUGAAUCCCUUCAUUUAUACGCUGAGAAACAAACAAGUAAAAGAUGCUUUGAAGCACAUCACCCAAAAGAUUGUUUUCUCAAUGAAGUGAAUCACUUUAAUGAUAUGACUAAGAUUAUACUAAAAUAAGAUAAGAGGAGUGGAGGUGAAUUCAGAGCCC